UUUUCUUUGGUGGAAAUUUGAUGUCAACCUAACUUUUUUAUCGCCCAACAUUUUAUUAUCCACAAUUUAAGUUAUCGUUUCUAACAGGAAAUUGAUAUACGAACAUGCUUCAUCUAUUAACGAAGUACCUUUCUGAAAUAUGGAAAUUCUAGAGGAAAAACUACGAGAAGCAGCUUGUUUGGGCGAUUUAGAAACAGUUGAUAGAUUAACUAGAGAAGACGUAAAUAUAAAUGCUAGACAGAAAGCCCAUGGAUGGACUGCUCUGCAUUGGGCUUGUAAGCAAGGUCACGAAGAUAUAAUCAGACUUUUGUUGAGUCGAGGUGCUGAUCCAAACAUAGUUAACAAUAAAAAUGAAACACCUGCUGAUAUUUGCUCUAGUCCUUCAAUGUUCAAUUCAUUCAUGAAUGGAAACUCUUUACCCAAUAAUCAUUUGCAUGACUAUAAAUUUCGUACGAACAUUUUGAAAAACUCAAACCAGAACGAUUCUGCAUUACCAAGAAUAAAACAUUCAAAUAUUACUUAUAUGCCUUCCACUAUGUUGCCAUCAGUUGUGCCAGAUGAGGAUAUCGUUCUGAAAAUUCGUAUAUCUGGAAGCAGUGAUCCAGAUUUCAUUGAAGUGGAUAUUCCUAAGUGGAAGCUGACAUAUAAAAAUCUCUUGAAAUUGUGCUGCGAAGAACUACAAUGUUCAGAAGAGCAGGUUGAGAGAAUCCGUAAACUGCCAAAUACUAGGUUGAGAAGCGAUAGCGACAUUGGCAGAUUGGAGAAUUUUCAAGAGAUUGAAAUAGUGAUGCGAGGCCCCCCGGGGAGUGACAAGCCCACCAAUUGCUAUCAAAGCAUAUCAACUUGCAAAGACCAAACUAUUCUUUAUUGAACAACAUUGAUGUUUUUCAUUUAGACAGGGUUUUUUUUUACGGUUUAUGAUGCUUUGUCAUGACCAUUAUCCAGAAAAGAAUGAGGACAUAUCUUCUCUUAUUCGCUUGAAGUAGGUGUUUACCCCCUUGAAUAUCCUGAAUGUUUAUCAAAAAAAAAAUAAUAUUUUAUAAAUGACUCUUUAAAUAUAAAUGGACGGUGAAAAUGUUUGUGGUGGAUAUUUUCAUAUGAAUUCAAUUUAUAUCUAAUCUAAGUUUCUUUUUCGCUAGUCUUGUUUAAAAGAAAUCAAGUAAUAUAUCAAUUUCCAAAAAGAAUUUGUAUGAUUUUUAUAUUCGGCAAUCUCAAUGUUAUUAUAUAUUGUGGGGAAAAAAUGCUUAUGCUGGCAAAACUUCAUAUACAGGGUGUAUAUUGUUAAAUUCAAUACACAACUCAAGACUCAUCUUAAAUAUAGAUGAUCUCAUUUUCAUAGAUAUUUACGCAUUAGCAAUAAUGAAAAAAGUUUUAGUUGCAGUCCGCUUACAAAGCUAAAGCCAUCGUAUAUUAAAAAUAUAUUAUAUAUACAAAGUAUCGAUACAUAGAAUAGAAUUAGACUUGUAAUAUUCAAUAUUCGAUCUUGAUUUCACUGUGAAAACGCUUCAAUACAACAAGAAAAAACAUAUUUACUAUAGCUUAUGUUGAUUUAAAAUUGGGAAGAAAUUAAUAUUCAUCAAUAUACAAAUAUACAUAUUUA